AGUCUUUCACUCGUGAAUCUACUGCCAUGAAGAUCCCUAUCUCCAUGUCAGACAUACCAGCACCGGCACCAACUGCCCCUCCCUCGCGGCCCAUUAAAAAACUCUCGCUUACCGAGUUGAUUAACAAGAGGCGAGAGGAGCACUUCAGGUCGCAUUCUUCUGGCGAAUGUAUCGACCUUACGGACGAUGUGUCUCCUUCAAGUGGCAGUAGCCAUGCGCCCAGUGUGUCGAAGCUUCAGGAAUCUGUACAACCUCCACACAUUACAGCCAACAAUGUGUCUUCAUCGCCUGCCCCAGUCUCCGGUAGACAGCCAGCACCGAUUGUUGAGACUCGCACGCCGAGUAUACAGGAAAUUCGCGAUUUAAUGCGUCAGCGUCCAUCCAGCACAUCUGCCACCAGCUCCCUCAUUCCCAACAUCUCUCCCCCUCCUUCCACUACAUCCAAUUCAACAUCAUCCAGUAACCAAAGCAUCUCGAAAUCUAGCUCACGCAGAAAGAACUGCUCGAUAGGCAUGGCAAGUCUUGAAAUGUUCAUCUCGCCCAUCCCGGACGGGUCCCAGCCCGCGUCGACGACGAAGACGACGCCACCGACUAUGAAGAGAAUCUCAUGCAAUGCGGAUGUGUUCAGGCGCAUUAUUACGCCCACAGCGGAGAUAUCGGUGCGCGAUCCCUCAUUGUCUCCUUCUGAGGGUCGGAGAACCAGGCGUGUUGUUCGACCACCCAAUCCGCAAGGUAUUGGCGCUGGUGUCGAUGAUGUUGCUGCGCAACUUCAUGAUCAGUCUCGUGCACUGCCUGAACCACUUGAGGAUCCCGGAGUUGCGCCGACCACUUCACCGUUUGUUAUUCCUGUGGAGGGAGAGAUGGAAGUCCAGAGCACCUACGCGCACAAGGACGUCCAACUCCUAGAUGCCACAAUGGACGAUAUGCUUCCAUCGGAAGGCUUGCAAGGUGUCACCGAGAGCAUUAGAUCGCUGGAUUUACAUGAACGCAGUCGAUCCCCCGAAGUAGACAUCAAUGUUGAUCAGGUGGGCGUUUCGCCUUUAGAGCGUAUACGUGAAGACGGGUACCUUGAAGCCAUCCCGGUGUCUGCCGAUUUAAUGGAACACGAGGAGUUAGAGUCACUGGAGAUGUUAGUGGAUGACGUUUCGGCUGAGAGCGUGGAGCAAGCUCUGGUCUCUGUUGAUGAGCGCCGCGAUGUUGACGAAGAAAACACUGGUGUGAAUAUGAGAGGAACACGAGCAUUGACAAAACGCACAAGGUCUAAGUCAACGGGUGUAUCGGGAGAUAGUGACCAAGAGCGCCUUUCAGUGCUCAUGCAAUUAGAAGCUUCAGAUGGAGAGGCAGGAGAAGCGGAUCAUCCGAUUUCUAUCAACAGCAGCCGGACGAUAUCUUCGCACACUUCUUCAAGACAGCUUUCUCAGUCUCCUGUGUCUGCUGGUCCCUUGGGUGUCAGCGUGGUAGAUGGAGGUCAUGCCACGUCCGUAAAGCAGCUCGAAGACGGUGUCGAGUAUUAUAUAGGCGGAUAUCCUGUCGUGACAUGGAAUUCGUAUUCGCAAGCACAGCGGCUGAUGCCUCCCAAGUACCGUCUCGCAAUAGACCUUCCACAUGAGUUCCAGGACCGCGUCAAUGCCCUCCCUCAGUCGUACAGGGAUUCGCCCCAGGCAACCGUGCUCUUCGAGGCCAUGAUCGAUGAAGCAAUGGAUGACGAACUCGGAGCCCCUCCCAUAUCAGUCAUCAACGAGGUGACUGACGAAGGCGCGCCGCCUUGGGAAUUCGUAUACACGAACCAGAUGUGGUAUGGCGAAGGCGUUCCGCCGCCAGAUAUCAAGAAUCUGAAAAGCUGCGGCUGUGUUGGGCGAUGCGAUCCCAAGUCGAAGACAUGUGGGUGCGCGAAGCGGCAACGCCAUCAUCUUAAGCGAUAUAUUGCCAACAAUACCAUACCGGACACCUGGAAUGGCGUACCGUUUUUGUAUGACAGCAAGGGAUCUCUGCAGUUUUUCGGGAUGCCGAUCUUUGAGUGUAAUGAUUUCUGUGGGUGCGAUGAGGAUUGUCCGAACCGAGUUGUUCAGAGAGGCAGGAAAUAUGCUGUCAACAUCAAAAGGACAGAAACUAAAGGAUGGGGUGUCUUUAAUGGGCCGAAGAAGAUUCCUGGGGGAUCCUUUAUCGGCAUCUAUGCUGGCGAGUUACUGACCGUGGAGGAAUCUGACCGCCGUGGAAUGCUAUACAACAAGUUCGGACGAACUUACCUCUUCGAUAUCGACUUCUAUUACAUGGGUGCUGUAGCAACGUACUCUGUGGAUGCUUAUCACGCUGGAAACUUCACUCGUUUUCUUGCAAGUUUAUUUUAUCAAAACCACAGUUGCGACCCAAAUUGUGAAAUCAAUCCAUGCUAUAUCAACGAAGCCAAUAUCGAGAAGCCGUUGUUGACAAUCUUUACCAGGCGAGAUGUCGAGCCAUUCGAGGAGCUAUCUUUCUCCUACAUGGGCUGCAUCGAUGAUGACAUGAUAUCCAAGGCCAAAAAUGCGAAAAAGAGCAACGAUGCGGUCUAUGCGGAGUGUCAUUGUGGGAGCGCAAACUGUUUGGGAGUGUUAUUUUCGUAAAUAGCAUUUGUUUUCACUCGCUGAUUUGAGCCGUUGUCAUCGCGUCCUCAUUGUCUCUUUAGCCAUGAGGCUUGCAAUUUAUAUCUUUGCGUUGUGCGAUAAGCUCCAUGUACCUGUUUUCUACUGCUUCAACGCAUGACGCUUUCAAUGACUGC